GAUGAUGAUGAUGAUGAUGAUGAUGAUGAUUGUGCAGCGCAGACCCUGAACUGGGAGGAGGAAACCAGCCGCAGCGCAGACAGAAAACUUUCAGCACCGGGUGAAGAUGAGUGACGCAAAUCAGCCCAGACUGGAGCUUUUCGUGAAGGCAGGAAGUGAUGGUCAGUGUAUCGGCAACUGUCCCUUCUCCCAGCGACUCUUCAUGGUCCUGUGGCUGAAAGGCGUGACCUUCGACGUCACCACAGUGGACAUGAAGAGGAAACCAGAUAUCCUGAAGGACCUGGCUCCUGGAGCUCAGCCUCCUUUCCUGGUGUACGGCAGCGAGGUGAAAACUGACACCAACAAAAUUGAGGAGUUCCUUGAGGAAACGCUCUGCCCUCCAAAAUAUCCCCGUCUGGCUGCUCGUAAUCCAGAGUCUAACACAGCAGGAGUGGACGUCUUCUCCAAGUUCUCUGCUUACGUCAAGAACUCAAACCCUCAGACUAAUGACAAUCUAGAGAAAGGCCUGCUGAAGGCUUUGAAGAAGCUGGACGACUACCUCGGCUCCCCACUUCCUGACGAGAUCGACGAGAAUAGCGCCGAAGAGGUCACUUCCUCAUCACGCCCCUUCCUGGACGGCCAAGAGCUGACUCUGGCGGACUGCAACUUGCUGCCAAAGCUGCACAUUGUGAAGGUUGUGUGUUUAAAAUACAGAAAGUUCACCAUCCCUGAGUCUCUGACAAACCUCUGGAGGUACCUGAACUCAGCCUACGCAAGGGAGGAAUUUAGCUCAACCUGCCCGAUUGACGACGAGAUCCACAUGGCCUAUUCAUCUGUAGCUAAAGCUCUCAAGUAGGAAGCGAAUACACCAUGUGAAAGUAAAAAAAAAAAAAA